AUGGGGGUGGACGGGGAAACGGUGGUCCUGAAGAACAUGCUCAUUGGUGUCAACCUGAUCCUUCUGGGCUCCCUGCUCAAGCCCUCCGAGUGUCAGCUGGAGGUCACCACAGAAAGAGUCCAGAGACAGGUGGUGGAGGAGCAAGGAAGGGUGGCCAAAUACAACGCAUCGGGCAAAGAGCAGCCGAUGGUCUUCAACCACGUGUACAACAUUAACGUGCCCCUGGAUAGCCUCUGCUCCUCCGGGCUGGAGGCUUCUGCCGAGCAGGAGGUGAGUGCCGAAGACGAGGCGUUGGCAGAGUACACGGGCCAGACCGCAGACCACGAGAGCCAGGUCACCUUCACGCACAGGAUCAACCUCCCCAAAAAGGCCUGCCCGUGUGCCGGCUCGGCCCGGGUGCUGCAGGAGCUGCUGAGCCGGAUCGAGAUGCUGGAGAGGGAGGUGUCGCUGCUCCGGGACCAGUGCACCAGCAACUGCUGCCCAGAAAGUGCAGCCACAGGACAACUGGACUACAUCCCUCACUGCAGCGGCCACGGCAACUUCAGCCUCCAGUCCUGCGGCUGCAUCUGCAAUGAAGGCUGGUUCGGCCAGAACUGCUCGGAGCCCUACUGUCCGCUGGGCUGCUCCAGCCGGGGCGUGUGUGUGGAUGGCCAGUGCGUCUGUGACAGCGAGUACAGCGGGGGUGACUGCUCCGAGCUGCGGUGCCCGACAGACUGCAGCUCCCGGGGGCUCUGCGUGGAUGGAGAGUGUGUCUGUGAAGAGCCCUACACAGGCGAGGACUGCAGCGAGCUGAGGUGCCCCGGGGACUGUUCGGGGAAGGGGCGAUGUGCCAAUGGUACCUGCUUCUGCCAGGAGGGCUACGUGGGGGACGACUGCAGUCAGCGGCGGUGUCUGAACGCCUGCAGCGGGCGAGGACACUGCCAGGAGGGGCUCUGCUUCUGUGAAGACGGCUACCAGGGCCCUGACUGCUCGGCAGUUGCCCCUCCAGAGGACUUGCGAGUGGCUGGUAUCAGCGACAGGUCCAUUGAGCUGGAAUGGGACGGGCCGAUGGCAGUGACGGAAUAUGUGAUCUCUUACCAGCCGACGGCCCUGGGGGGCCUCCAGCUCCAGCAGCGGGUACCUGGAGAUUGGAGUGGUGUCACCAUCACGGAGCUGGAGCCAGGUCUCACCUACAACAUCAGCGUCUACGCUGUCAUUAGCAACAUCCUCAGCCUUCCCAUCACUGCCAAGGUGGCCACCCAUCUCUCCACUCCUCAAGGGCUACACUUCAAGACCAUCACAGAGACCACCGUGGAAGUGCAGUGGGAGCCCUUCUCAUUCUCCUUCGAUGGGUGGGAGAUCAGCUUCAUUCCAAAGAAUAAUGAAGGAGGGGUGAUUGCUCAGCUCCCCAGUGAUGUUACAUCCUUCAAUCAGACAGGACUAAAGCCUGGGGAGGAAUACAUUGUCAAUGUGGUGGCUCUGAAAGAGCAAGCCCGGAGCCCCCCUACCUCGGCCAGCGUCUCUACUGUCAUUGAUGGGCCCACGCAGAUCCUGGUUCGAGAUGUCUCGGACACUGUGGCCUUCGUGGAGUGGACCCCACCUCGAGCCAAAGUCGAUUUCAUUCUCCUGAAGUAUGGCUUGGUGGGCGGGGAAGGCGGGAAGACCACUUUCCGGCUACAGCCUCCCCUGAGCCAAUAUUCAGUGCAGGCCCUGCGGCCCGGCUCCCGCUACGAGGUGUGGGUCAGCGCCGUCCGCGGGACCAAUGAGAGCCAGUCCACGACCACCCAGUUCACAACAGAGAUUGACGCCCCCAAGAACCUGCGGGUGGGCUCGCACACAGCAACCAGCCUUGACCUCGAGUGGGACAACAGCGAAGCAGAGGUCCAGGAGUACAAGGUUGUGUAUAGCACCCUGGCGGGUGAGCAGUACCACGAGCUGCUGGUCCCCAAGAGCAUCGGUCCAACCACCAGAGCCACCCUCACAGAUCUGGUGCCUGGCACUGAGUAUGGACUUGGAAUAUCUGCUGUCAUGAACUCACAGCAAAGUGUACCAGCCACCAUGAAUGCCAGGACUGAACUUGACAGUCCCCGAGACCUUAUGGUGACAGCCUCCUCGGAAACUUCCAUCUCCCUCAUCUGGACCAAGGCCAGUGGCCCCAUUGAUCACUACCGAAUUACCUUUACCCCUUCCUCUGGGAUCGCCUCAGAAGUCACUGUGCCCAAGGACAGGACCUCAUACACACUGACAGAUCUAGAGCCCGGAGCAGAGUACAUCAUUUCAGUCACUGCUGAGAGGGGUCGGCAGCAAAGCUUCGAGUCCACCGUGGAUGCCUUCACAGGCUUCCGCCCCAUCUCCCAUUUGCACUUUUCUCACGUGACCUCCUCCAGCGUAAACAUAACCUGGAGUGACCCAUCCCCUCCAGCAGACAGACUCAUUCUGAACUACAGCCCUCGGGAUAAAGAAGAAGAGAUGACAGAGGUCUCCCUGGAUGCUACCAAGAGGCAUACUGUCCUGAUGGGUCUGCAGCCGGCCACUGAGUACAUUGUGAACCUGGUAGCAGUCCACGGCACGGUGACCUCUGAGCCCAUCGUGGGCUCCAUCACCACAGGAAUUGAUCCCCCCAAAGACAUCACAAUUAGCAAUGUGACCAAAGACUCAGUUAUGGUCUCCUGGAGCCCUCCUGUUUCAUCUUUUGAUUACUACCGAGUAUCCUAUCGGCCAACACAAGUGGGACGGCUGGACAGCUCAGUGGUGCCCAACACAGUGACAGAAUUCACCAUCACCAAGCUAUAUCCAGCCACCGAAUAUGAAAUCAGUCUCAACAGCGUGCGGGGCAGGGAGGAGAGUGAGCGCAUCUGUACCCUCAUUCACACAGCUAUGGACAACCCUGUGGAUCUGACUGCUACCAACAUCACUCCAACAGAAGCCCUGCUGCAGUGGAAGGCCCCAGUGGGUGAAGUGGAGCACUAUGUCAUUAUUCUCACACACUUUGCAGUUGCCGGAGAGACCAUCCUGGUUGAUGGUGGCAGUGAGGAAUUCCAGCUCGUUGGCCUGCUUCCUAGCACCCACUAUACUAUUAAUAUGUAUGCCACCAGUGGGCCUCUCACCAGUGGCACCAUCAGCACCAACUUCUCUACCCUCCUGGACCCUCCAGCAAACCUGACAGCCAGUGAAGUCACCAGACAAAGUGCCCUGAUCUCCUGGCAGCCUCCCAGAGCAGAAAUUGAAAACUACAUCUUAACCUACAAAUCCACUGAUGGAAGCCGCAAGGAGCUGAUUGUGGAUGCAGAGGACACGUGGAUCCGGCUGGAAGGCCUGUCUGAGAGCACAGACUACACAGUGCUCCUGCAGGCAGCCCAGGACACUUCCCGGAGCAGCCUCACCUCUGCCACCUUCACCACAGGGGGCCGGGUGUUUCCUCAUCCUCAAGACUGUGCCCAGCAUUUGAUGAAUGGAGACACUCUGAGUGGGGUGUAUACCAUCUUCCUCAAUGGAGAGCUAAGCCGGAAGUUACAGGUGUACUGCGACAUGACCACCGACGGGGGUGGCUGGAUUGUGUUCCAGAGACGGCAGAACGGCCAAACGGAUUUUUUCCGGAAGUGGGCUGAGUACCGUGUCGGCUUCGGGAACCUGGAGGAUGAGUUUUGGCUGGGGCUGGACAACAUACACAGGAUCACAUCCCAGGGCCGCUACGAGCUGCGCGUGGACAUGCGGGACGGCCAGGAGGCGGCCUUCGCCUACUACGACAAGUUCUCGGUGGAGGACGGCAGAAAUCUGUACAAGCUGCGCCUAGGGGGCUACAACGGCACCGCAGGAGACUCCCUCAGCUAUCAUCAAGGACGCCCUUUCUCCACAGAGGACAGAGACAAUGAUGUUGCAGUUACCAACUGCGCCCUGUCCUACAAGGGGGCCUGGUGGUAUAAGAACUGCCAUCGGACCAACCUCAACGGGAAAUAUGGAGAGUCCAGGCACAGUCAGGGGAUCAACUGGUACCAUUGGAAAGGCCACGAGUUCUCCAUCCCUUUCGUGGAGAUGAAGAUGCGUCCCUACAGCCACCGCCUAACGGUGGGGAGGAAACGGCGGUCCUUGCAGUUCUGAGCAGUGGGUCGCCACGGGCCAACUGACCUUUUCUUUCAUUUGUUUGUAUUUUAUAAUAUGAAACAAGGGGUGGGGGGUAAGAGUACUGUGCUUUGCAACAAGGGAAGGGUGUUGGAGGAAGCAGGAUGUAGCUUCUCGUGGUGCCUGCUGUCCCGGGCCUGGGCCUCGGUCUCCAUGCUCCCUCCCCCCUAGUCAUCCUUAACCUUCCCCUCCUUUCCCACCAAGGAGGGCAAGUCUGGAAUGUUUUAAAGAGACCAACUUGAAGGCAAGUCCUGGGGUCAGAUUGCUAUGGCACCAGGCCUUCUUUUCCUGGACUCCCAGGAGUUGCCUUUCACUACCAGGUAUUCGUGCUCUGGUCACUGCCUUGGAUGGCCAGGUUCUCACAGCAGCCCCUGGGAGAAGCCUCGGGAAGAGAGCUCUGUCAUCAACACCCCUUCAGAGGAAACAGAUUAACCUCACCCCAUCCCAACAACCCAAGUCCUUUUUAGUGGGCCAAAGAUUCUCGUCUUCUGACACUCUUACCAGCCAAGUGUCCUAUUACCUUUUAAGAGCAGUGGCCUCCUUCCCAGCCCCAAUCAACCCUGUGCCU